CGAUGGGUGAUGUGACUGUGGCCGCUAACAUAACACAAGCAGAGACAGUUAAAACUACAACCCGUCCCCACUUCACUAACACUAGUGCCCCAACUUCUGAUGGACCCGUCUUUAUUGCUGUCUUCGCAAACAGUUACUGGAUAUACGUGUACUUGGUGCUACAGUGCGUCUACGGAGUGUGUAGUAUUUUUCUCAACAGUGUCGUUUUCUCUUUCUACUGGGGUCACGUGUCAGGCGAGAACCGGAACAGGAAACGGAACAGAGUGUACUACUUCCUGUAUGUGAUGUUGUCUUUAGCCGACCUUCUCCGAGGCAUCACCGCUCUUUUUCAUGCUCUUGUUCUCGGUUUUGUAAUCCACUACGCGUCGAAGGUGAUAGUGCCACUCUGUUACCUGAUCCUGAUCCUCUCCUCCCUCUCCAGCCACCUCUCCAUCCUCCUCAAUGUCCUGAUCUCGGUUCUCCGGACAUUCCACAUAGUCAAGCCCACCAUGACUCUCGAACCAGAGAUCCUCCUCGCCCCUAUAGUCAUGUAUUCUGUUCUUUGGGGUGCGCUGUCCUCCUAUGAUGUGUACCUCCUUGCAAUGGACAAUAUUGCGGCUAAGGCGGAACAUGUAAUGCUGUACAUCCUAAUCGCACCAAGGAUUUUCAGUUUAUUUGGAUAUUUGGAUAAGUUUGAUCGCAUGCUGGAGUAUGCUUUGGUUGCUAUAGGACUACCUUAUAUUAUACCCACUAUCAUAUGUAUAGUUUGCGCCUGUGUGCAAGUCGCUUAUCUGCUGAAGAUGAAUGUUCGAAGUACUGCAAACGCGAGGAUCACUGUGACAAUCUUCAUUCUCACCAUCUGCUUCUUCGCUUGCAAUGUCCCGUACUUCCUUUACUUCUGUCUGUCUCUCAACGUUUGGACAGAUUCAUCCGACUUCAUUGGUAGUCCUGGCACAAUUUUCUGCUACUUCGUGGCUAACUUCCCCAGUACUAUUAACUCCAUCCUGAACCCCAUGAUCCUGCUCAGUCGAGGACGGACCCUCCAAAAACAUUUCAUAUCUGUUAUCCCGUUGGUCAGAUCGUUUUUUCCUGGUUCAGAGCGGACGAGAGACCGCACCCACAUGGAGAGUUAUAUGACGUCACGAGCUGAAACCAGAGCUGCAGUCGCGCGGCGCGACAUGAUGAGCACGUGUCCCGAGACAACAAGAGGCACCUGUGAGGCGUUCCGUGACGAAAUGGAGCCAGACGUUAGCGUUAAUAUUCAUAAUGAUAAUAGAGUAGGGACCCUCGUUGACUGACCAGUCCAUUUUAUAUUUUAAUUUCGUACGGAUAGGAAUAUUUAGAACUAUAAUCUUAUUACAGACACAACAAUAGUUAUAUUUGAGUUUUACAUUUAUAAAUGAUGCUAGUUUGGAUGAUAUUUUAAAAUAAACAUUGGUGUAUGUGUCCACUAGUCCCGUAGUGGAUAGAGAAAGCAAAGAAAUGUUGAUUGUUGAUGCAUCAGAAGCUUAUUGGUGACUGGGAACAUUUCACAUCCCUUAUAUCCAUAAAAUACAUGAUAUACUGGGACAAAUUUCACUAAAUUGUUUUACUCUGGACACCCAACACCCAAAUUAAAUGGUUUUUGUUAGUGACUUAUGUUCUGAGAUGCCAAAUUUGACAAAUCUUAUGUUUGUGCCAAUUUU